AUGGGUUUUCUCAAGUUCUCAGCUCUGGCUGUUCUGUUGCUGUCUGCCUACUGUUGGGCUGACAAUAAGGCAGAUGAUGUCGAAGAAGACCUGAGUGACCUUUCUGUGUCUGAACUUCUAGAGAAAGCCAACAGUAAUCGGGUCCGUUCAGCUGAUGAGCCAGCCCUGAUUGAAGGAGACAUUGCCAUUUACAGCGAUGCGAGACAACGAGGAAAAAGAAAUGCUGACCCCUGCACCAGUCACGGAUGCAAAUGGGUAAAGUCGACUGAUGGAAAGGUCUACAUCCCUUACUUCAUCCAGAAUCAUUUUAACUCCGAUGAAAAGUCCAUCAUCACCCGUGGACUGGAGUCAUUCUCCUCAUUUUCCUGCAUUCGCUUCAGGCCCUCCAGAAGGGGUGAACGUGACUGGCUGAGCAUCGAGUCCCGACAUGGAUGCUACUCCUUUGUUGGUCGUCAAGGUGGAAAGCAGAUAGUUUCUCUGGCUCGCCGAAGAUGCCUUCAUCAUGGCACUGUCCAACACGUGCUUCUCCACGCUCUUGGAUUUCAUCAUGAACAGACACGCAGCGACAGAGACCACCACAUUAGAGUUCUGCUGGAAAAUGUUCAAUCUGGAAUGGAGCACAACUUUAGGAAGAUUGCCACCCUCAACCAGGGCACUCCUUAUGACUACAACUCUGUCAUGCAAAGCCACAAGUAUGCUUUCUCCAAGAACAAUCAGCCCACCAUGCUCCCUAUUCCUAACUCCAAUGUAUCCUUUGGCAAUGCUCAAAAGAUGAGCCGCAAUGACAUCGAGAGACUCAACAAGCUCUACCAGUGUUGUGAGUGA